GUUACGACAGAUCAUUGUAUGAAUGCUAUUUUCUAUGUAUGUUAUAUGAACUAUGGUUGAUUGAAUCUGUCCCGUUCCGCGUUUCUAUUUCUUUGAGUAGCACAAUAUGCGACGUCAUGAAGCAGUUUUAAGUUGGCAACAGUUUGCGUACCCCGCGCCGUUUUCGUCGUAUAUUUCAGUUUGCUUUUUACCUAUUCCGAGAAAAGCUCUGCGCCUCUCUGGUCUGAGCGCGGUGCGAGCACGUUGAAGAUACCCACUACCGUAUCAGUUGCUGUCCGAACGUGGUUAGUGUCGCAUACUACUGAAUCAGUAUCACUGCAUUGUGUAUUGAAUUGAUGGUUAUUAAGUGGACGUUUUACUGUCAUUGUUGUUACUGUCAAUGAUUUGAAGACAUUAAUUAAACUGACUCGAUAAGAUAGAAGUAAGUGCGAGUGGCAGAUCGAAAAGCACAUGUCAGAUUGCAUCAACAGCUCGCGUAGACGAGUCUGCAUUUUUUUCUAUAAAGAAAUAACUACAGAUUAUCAAGUCGAGGCAACAGUGUUUUGUACGAGUAUCCGGCAAGAGUUCGCGUAUAUGAGUUUGCAUUGUUUUCCCAGAGGCGAGCGUUCGCGUCAGCAACUUGUCGAGACUAGUGUAUGUUUGUUCUGUCGACGACAAAUAUAGCCGAUUUCCCCUUGAAGGCGGUGGUGAACGUGUUACUCGUUCUGCAUUGUUUAGGCGCAGUGUAAUUUCAAUCAUCGUACGUACAUAAUGUCUGACGAUAGCGAUUUGGACGACAGUCUGAGGGAAUUUACUGCCGAUUCCAAGAAAAGUUACAAAGAAAGAGAGAAGGGAAGUCAGAGUCAGACUUCUCAGUCUCAAGAAAAAUGGUCAGAUCAAAAAAUAAGGAGGAAAUUAUUUUUUUCUGAGACGAAAGUAGAUCUGUUCAAAAAACAGUUGGAAAAAUCGACGAAUCAAUGUUAUCGACGACGCGACGGUAAAAGCAAGUUUGACCUUAAAAAUGAAAGUCGCACAUCGAGGAAUCCACUCAUCAAGUUUCGGCAUAUUCGUUUGGAAUGCAUCUACGCGAAGGAGUCGGUCCCAUUACCACUAUCCGAAAAGAAGCGAAAAACAUACACUUCUUCCCUUGGAUGUAAUGGUCAAAUAAAAUUGAAAUUGUCUGAAGAUGGGAGCUGUUACUGUGUUUCAGAAAUCGUCCCGCAUGACAAACAUCCACAAGCAAAUGCUGCAACUUGUAAACUUUUACCGCAAUCUCGUAAAUUGAAUGCUGAACAAAAAAAAUUGGUUAAAGAGACUUUGAAAGUUGAUGGAAACAAAUUGAAAUUAGUUACUAAGUUGAACGAGGAAGGCACCAAAGCAAAUCAACGAAUUGCGACCACUGUUUAAAGUGGUAUCAUUAUGAAUGCUUGAAGGUACCACCUCUUGAUAACGAUGACAAUUCGACUUAUUUUUGCGACAAAUGUAGAAA